CAUUUCCCAGAAUGCCUCCAUGUUAUGGGGUAGUUUUUAGUUUGAAGUUCGGUGCUGCAGAGCCCUUUAGCAGCUGUCAGCUAGUAUUGUGUAACGUCUUUGUCAGCAGUUUUGCAUGAAUCUUCUGCAGUCAUGUUUGCUCGUUCUAUAUGUGGAUCCACGCUACGCAGAGGAAUGUUUGUUGGAACUCUGGUUUUAAGUAAAAGUGCCAGGAUUAACCCGAGCUGUGUGAGGCCACUUGCUCUGCACACUCCAAGCAGGGGGGAGCCACCCCUUUCAAAGGGAUUCCUUUUCCAGCUGGCCCCAUAUAGAGGGCUGUCUGGAUCCCGUUUCAAUGUACCACCAAGUGCUGAAUUUGUUGCAAGACCAUCAGGGAUUGCUUCCAUGUUUAAGCUACCUAUCCAGGACUCACCUGUGGGACUUGAUGCCGCUUUUGUGGGGGUUCCCAUUGACACUGGCACCUCCAAUCGCCCUGGCGCAAGGUUUGGACCUCGUCAGAUUAGAGCUGAAUCCUCCUUGAUGAGGGCUUACAAUGGCGGCACUCGUGCUGCCCCGUAUGAGUCUCUGAUGGUUGCAGACAUUGGGGACGUGAAUGUCAACAUGUAUGACCUGAAAGACACCUGCAAACGAAUCAGAGAAGCCUACCAGAAGAUUGUUGCAGGCGGCUGUAUUCCAUUAACACUGGGUGGAGAUCAUACAAUAUCCUAUCCAAUUCUCCAAGCAGUUUCUGAAAAACAUGGGCCGGUGGGACUAAUCCACGUGGACGCCCAUGCAGACACCAGUGACGUGGUCCUCGGAGAGAAGAUUGGACAUGGCACACCGUUCCGCCGCUGCGUGGAGGAGGGGCUCCUGGACUGUCAAAGAGUUGCCCAGAUCGGACUACGAGGCUCUGCCUACUCAGCUGACGCAUACCAGUGGAACAGAGAACAGGGUUUCCGAGUGGUAGAGGCCGGGGAGUGCUGGUGGAAGUCGUUGACCCCGCUGAUGGCAGAAAUCCGAAAGCAGGUUGGCGAUGGCCCUGUGUAUCUCAGCUUUGACAUUGAUGCUCUGGAUCCUUCCUACGCACCCGGCACAGGCACUCCGGAGAUCGCAGGGCUCACUCCCAUUCAGGCUCUGGAGAUAAUCCGUGGAUGUCGUGGGAUGAACAUUGUAGGCUGUGAUCUAGUGGAGGUGUCCCCUCCCUACGACACCACAGGUAACACAGCCUUGACUGCUGCCAACCUGCUAUUUGAAAUGAUGUGCGUUCUUCCAAAAAUAAAAUACUUCUGAUCUUUCAAGCCAUCUUCAGAUUCUGUUGAACACACUUUUCAGAAUUAUAACAUGUCAUAAGCAACCCUUGUUAAACAUGUCAAACCUGUAUUUUAUUGAUCUAAAUUUAAGAAACACAAUAUAACAUUUUUUAUUCGAUAUUCACAAAAAAUGAAUUUAAACGUUCCUGAUUAUGUCACCUGCUAUCUUUUUCUUAAUAAAUAAAUACCAUGCAAAACCUUGUUACUUUGUUGAAAGGUAUACAGGAUGUGGGCUGACUGAUAAAGCCUCCUAGUUUGUGGAGUGUCUGAGCUCCAGAGUAGCUCCUCUCUAACCCUGCCUCCCAUCUUCAUCAGUCCCUCCUCGUCCUGACCCGAGAGGAAAGGACUUACAGCCUGUGAGCAAACUCAACUGUGGUCCUAAAGGUUGUUCGUUCAAAUCAUAACUCUUAAGAGGAAGUAGCUUAAAUUUAUUUUUUGUCCCCAUACCUUUCUAUGAUGUCUUCAAUAAUUCUGAGUGGUUCUUAAGACCAGUCAGUAUUUGCCUGUGUCUGGAAACUGCGCUCCAGUUCUAGUUACAUUCAUUACAUAUGCCUGACAGGCAAUUUGAACUGAAGAGCAGCUCCUGAACUCCUAGUCAGAGCACUAGCCUACAGUCCCAGGCUCUAUAAACAAACCAAUCGAGAGAAAAUUUUACUUUUAAAAACGCUACUUUAUUUUAGUUCUGGAACAUUGAUGCAACAUAUAUAAACCACAACAUGACCUUUGUAUUGCAUGAGAUAAUAGGAAAAAAAAAAAUUACUUUAAUUAGUUAUCACACAUUAAUCCAACAGUGCAAAACAUACAAAUCUCUUCUCCCAUCAAGAGGCCUUUACACAUAAAACAAGCGUAACUUCUAAAUAAUAUUAGAUCUGCAUAUGAACUUUUACAUCUCUGCCCAUGUACUAAAUUUUCCCUUUUUAUUUUAAAAAGCAUCACACCCCCAGCCUCCUGGUAUACAAUCUACAGUACUAUUUGUUGUAUACUUCUCAUACACUAGGGAACCUCACAGUGGUGCAUUGUCUAUGAAGCUGCUGUUGUUUCUGAUUACAGCACAAUAAAUUAGGCAUCUAAAAGGUGACCAAACAGCUAACAUGCAGUAGCUGAGCAUUUAGAAGAAUCUGAAGCAAUGGUGAAUUAGGUAAUCCAAUGCAUGCCAAAUCAAAAUGCAAAUAAGUUUAUCAAGGAAACAUUCAAAAGAAUUAGCACUGGCGAAAUUAUUCCUGUAAAUCGUAGCUCAUAAAAUGACUGUUUUAUUAAACAUGUAUUUGAUUUUUUAUAUUGUUUCAUAGCAGUUGCUAUUUUCGGUGCUUUUGUAAAACCUGCUUUUGUUCUCAGCAACUGCUUUUCCUGACUUGUGUGUUCAACAAGAUUGACAUUUUUUACAAGAGCAGUGUGCAUUUUUUUGAUCAGCAAAAAUUUACAAGAAAAACUAAAUUUAAAAAUCUAAAUACACAUGCACCACAAUGUUUGAGUCAUUUGCAUUGGAAAUCACCUGCUCUGUCAUUCAAAUACGAAGGCGCUGCGAGCUCUUAACUCUUUAUUAACACAUUCCCACAACAUACCAUGAAACUUAACUCCAGACUGCUGC